CUGCCCAGCUCUGGGGAGGCGGAAGCGGGGUUGGCGGAGAUUUCUGGGGUAGCGUGGCGGUGACCCUUUUUCUGCCUCAGCUUCCACCAAACCGCCCCAGGCGGCUGCGGGCUGUCACCGAAAGACCAAGUGUAGACAUUCAGCCCAGGCUGUGACCACGUCCCUGAAGUGGCGUCCAGCUUUCUGGGAUGGAGGGCUGGCCUUGAAGUCAGGAAGACCUGGGUUGAAGUCCUGCAUCUGACAUAUACGCUGUAAGACCAUGGGCUUUCAGGUGUGUUCUAGCCUCUGCCCUGUUGCACCAUGGCUCGUGCUUUUGUCAGCUCCCCCUUAUUGAAAGGCUCUGCUGGAAUGUUCUGCCCUCAGGCUGCAUUGUCACCACGGAGGCCCAAAGGCUUGCAUCACUUCACCGGGAGCUGCAUAUCAAAAUCCCAGAAGAAAAUCAAUCACUUGGAGAGGACAGCAAAAGUGUUUCGACAUGAGGUUGUGAGUUCUGCUAAAGUAUGUGGGAUUAUCGAUGAAUCAGAAACUGUUCGCAGGCUCCGUUUGCUGGUCACCGAUAAAAGUUUUACGUUCAAAGCUGGUCAGUGGGUUGAUUUCUUUAUUCCUGGUGUUCCCGUGGUUGGUGGAUUCUCGAUUUGUUCAAGCCCGAGCCUGUUAAAACAAGAAAGUGCUUUGGAAUUAGCAGUGAAAUAUACCAACCAUCCUCCGUCUCUCUGGGUCCAUACCAAGUGUGCUCUUGGCUCUGAAGUGGCCCUUCGAGUUGGUGGAGAGUUCUUCUUUGACCCUCAGCCUUCAGAUUCUUCAGUGAACCUGGUGCUGAUAGCUGGUGGAGUGGGGAUCAACCCUCUCAAUUCCAUCCUGCUGCAUGUGGCUGACCUUUACAGACAUCGGGAGAACAAAGGAAGUGGUUAUGAGAUGGGAAGAGUGAGACUGUUAUACAGUGCGAGAAAUACCAACGAAUUGUUAUUUAAGAGAAACAUUCUCAAUUUAACAAAUGCAUUUCCUGGGAAAAUCAUGUGUAGUUUCUAUGUUACACAACAGACUGCAGAAAUCAGUGAAGAGCUUCUGCCAUAUGUUACUGAGGGAAAGAUCCCAGAUGAGGAUAUCGAGAAGCACAUCUCCAAGAACACUUUGUAUUUUCUCUGUGGCCCGCCACCAAUGAUAGAACGCUUCUCUCGCCAUCUAGAAGCCUGCAGGGUCCCCAAAGAGUGUAUCUGUUUUGAGAAGUGGUGGUAGCGGCAGAGGUGACGGAGAGAGACGGGUGUUAGCUCACGGCCAUGGCCAGGACUGGUUCUGUGCCGUGCGUCUGCUGAGGCCUCGGGGCUGCCCCAACGCUGUCCACUGAGGCGACUUCCCAAUGAAAGGAGAUGAGGAUGAAGAAGCGUGUGUGUGUAUAUACGGUGAAAAGCACUGAGAAGAUAAAAUCUGAGCAAAGGUAUCAUUGAUUACAACAUGUGGAUGCUAGUUACCUGAAUGUCUUCUACUGAUAAUUCCCUGAUGAUCUUAAAAUGCCCCCCAUGUUGGGCCAUUAUGGAUUUUUUGCCUUUUUUUCUGGAGAGGGUGGGGGUAGGAAUGACAAGAAUGACAUAGAUUUACCCCUAAAUAUCUGAAACCCUUGGAUUUGUGUGUGCAAUAUUGGCUAUGUAUAACUUCUCUUUUAUAGAAAACUUGUGUAAUUUACGUUCAAUAAACAUAUUUUAAUCAGGCA